CAUAAACAUAAAGAAGGAGAACCCCUCUUGGCCUCUUCUCAUUUCCCUUGCCGUCUAUCCUAUCCAAAGCCCUAUUGCGCAGUUGAGAGAGCUGAGCUGAGAUAAGUCUUUUGAAGCAUUUCCUGCUGUAACUAAUCUCAAUUGUCAGCCUUAUGGCCUCUGCAGUCCCAAUGCAAGCGGUGUAUUGUCACAGCACUCUCCCUUCUCUUCUCCAGGGUAGUCAUAGCCAAAGUGUGUCUAAUGUGCGUGUGCCGCAUGCUAUGUGGGGCUCUACAAGUUUGCGGUCAGUCUACUCCCAAGUUCCAAAUUUAAGCUGUCCUGCAAGAGCACUGACAUCGAGAUCACGCUAUGCCUCAAGUUUUUCUGUCAUUAAACUUUCUAGAGCACCUUCAAUCAAGUACCGGAGAAUGGUGUGCAACUCAAUGGCAAAUGAUCUUGAGCUGCAAGCCAAAGUGACAACCAAGUGCUUCUUUGAUGUAGAAAUCGGGCUUGAACCUGCGGGCAGGAUUGUAAUUGGCCUCUUUGGAGAUGUCGUUCCAAGAACGGUUGAGAAUUUCCGAGCCUUGUGCACAGGAGAGAAAGGUUAUGGUUUCAAAGGAUGUUCCUUUCACCGUAUUAUUAAAGAUUUCAUGAUCCAGGGAGGGGACUUCACAGAAGGAGAUGGAACUGGAGGAAUCAGCAUCUAUGGUUCUAAAUUUGAAGAUGAGAGCUUUGCCUUGAAGCAUGUUGGGCCUGGAGUUUUGAGCAUGGCCAACGCUGGUCCUGAUACCAAUGGCAGCCAAUUUUUCAUUUGCACAGUGAAGACUCCCUGGUUGGACAAUCGCCAUGUUGUGUUUGGAAAUGUUAUUGAAGGAAUGGAUGUUGUGAGGAAACUGGAAUCCCAGGAGACAAGCAGGUCAGAUACUCCCCGUGUGCCGUGCAGAAUUGUCAAUUGCGGAGAGCUGCCUAUAGAUGGCUGACUCAUCUGUCGAUUCAUUGUGCCCCUUGGUUUCUUCCUUUCUUUUUCCUAAUUAAUCACUUUACUUUGCAAAUGAUUUAGCGAAAAAUCCUGUAAGUGAGAUACUUUGUAUUAGCUGAGGAAAAUCUGGAUAAUUUUCGAUAAGCUGGCGGUAGAGGAGCAUGUAUUGUUAUUUGGGUGGAUCCAAAUACAAGGAUUGACAUGUAUUGUGGCCAACAAGUUUGUGUCACUUAUAUGAAUUUAUACGCACUUCACAGACCAUUCUGUAAUGACAACUUGGAUAAGGUUUUUGUA